AUGCCCCCGAAGAAAAAACCCGUCAGUGGACCAGUUGGUGUAUAUGAUGUUGAAAUAAUGAACGAAGACGAACUUAAGCAGUACAUAGAAGCCCUAAAAGAAGAAUCAGAAAGAAUGAAAGCAGCUUUCACCGACCAUCAAAGAGAUAAAAGAGAGCUUGAAGAUUUACUGAGUGAUGCACAGGAAGAUAUUUUAAGCCGAUAUAGAACACUCAUGCAAAAAGAAAUAGAGUUACAAGAACUACUUAGCGAAUCUCAUGACAUUCUCAAAGACGAAGACAAGAAGCACCUGAUCGAAGAACUCGAAACUAAUAAGAAAUUGGCUCAAAAUACGAUAGACAAUUUCAUAGAAGUGCAAGAAAUUGAUAUGUUUCGGCAAGAUGAAUUGAAAAAAUUACAAAAAAACUUAAAUGACAGAAACAGAGAAGUAGAAAAUAUUAAUCUAACUCACAGGCUCAUCUCAACCGAUCUGAAAGAACAGACUGAAGAAGAAUGGGUUAAUAUGAUGGAAAAAAGGAAGCAUUCGUUAGAGGAGAUUUCUGAAGAAUUUAAUGAAAAAUAUCUAGAGGAAAGGCGAAAACUUGUUGAGGAGGAAGAGAACAUAAUGAACACCAUUAUAGAUAGCUUAUUUGGAAAAGAUUCAGAUAAAUAUCCAUCAACAAACGAGGUUGAGAAGAUGUCAUGGUACUUCAAAGAUCUUUUCUGGAAGAAUUUAAAAGCUUCAGCCAACCUCAAAGUAAGAGUGGAAAGCUUGGAAACAGAACUUAAUAAGCUGAAGAUGUUGUUGAGGGAUGCUGAGAAUGAGAAUAAAGAGCUUUUACAAAGUAUUGAGGCCAGCAAUUACAGCUCAAAAAAUAAUAAUGAUCAAGCAGUACCUGAAAAAGAUGAUUUUGACGACAAACAACUCGAUUACCUCACUUACGAAAACUAUACUCUAAAUGAAAAACUUCGCCAAGUCACAGAAGAAAGAAAUGUUUUAAGGAAUAAGUUCAUUUCUGCGAUGAGGAGCAUUUACAAAAAAGCUGACUUUGCAAGUUUUCUUGCAGAGCAGAUGAUAGCAUCCCUGUUGAAAGAUGGACAGAAUCUUAACGAAAAAUCGUUGAAUGCCUAUUUGCAAGAUAAAGACCAAAAAGCAACAACUGAAGCAUCUAGAGUCAAUCAAGAAUACGAUAUGGCGGAAAUACAUAAUGAGUCCUCAUCCAGUAUUUGCUAG